AUGUUACUAUUCGUGGAGAUACUGUUAAUAGUAUUGCCUAAAAUGAUGUGCAAGAGUCCUAUCCUUCAAUGUGACUUUCGGGAACCUCUUCCUAUUCGGCACACCUAUCAUCAGCUUGGAGAUAUUAACGUUGCUGGCAUUAUUUCUGCAUUUGUGAUAUUUUCUGACCCCAUUGAGUUCACUCAACAUCCUUCACAGGCAUUUCAUGAGGGAUUUCUAAUAGUUUUUCAGAAUUACCAGCAUAUCCUGGCUUUAGUGUUUACUGUAAAAGAGAUCAAUGAAAAUCCCCAGAUCCUACCCAACAUCACGCUGGGCUUCCACAUUUUUAACAGCAAUUUUAGUCCAAGCUGGACUUUCUUUGCCUCAAUGAUUCUCCCUUUCACUCAGGGCAAAUUCAACCCUAACUACAAGUGUGGGAUCACAAAUACCUUGGCUGCAGUCAUUGGGGCACCUGACAUGUCUCUACACAUGGCAACUGUAUUGGGAAUCUACAAAGUUCCUCAGUUGACCUAUGGCUCUGCUCCAGUCAUAGAUAAAGAGACUCAAGCAGUUUUCUUCCAACAAAUGUUUCCAAAUGAAUCCCACCAAUGUAAGGGCCUCCUGCAGUUAUUGCUGUAUUUUAGAUGGAUCUGGAUUGGAAUUCUUGUAGUAAAGGAUGAGAAAGGAGAGAAAUUCCUCCAAGAAAUACUCCCCACUUUUUCUGAGCAUGGCAUCUGCACUGAAUUCAUAGCAGAAUUCCCAAAUGGAGCUUUUUACAGUGAUUUUGAUGAAACCGUAGAUGAAGUGCUACAUAUAUACCAUGUUCUCAUGAACAGCACAGCCAAUGUGAUAAUCUUAUAUGGUGAAAUUCAGUCCUUAACAGUUCUGAGAACUAUCCUUCAGAUUUCAGAAGUGGAUGAUAUACCAAAGCAGGAUAAGAUUUGGCUUAUAACUGCUCAAACAGAUUAUACUUCAAUUUCCUUUCAUAAAUCUUGGGAUAUAAAUUUUCUGCACGGUGCUUUAUCCUUUGCAGUUCACACAAAGGAAAUCCAAAACUUCCAGGAAUUUCUUCAAAAUCUAAAUCCAAGCAACAAUCAGAAUGAUCAUUUUCGGAAAGAUUUCUGGGAACAGGCAUUCAGUUGUUUCUUCCCAAACUCAAAAAUGGAGGAGUCUGAGAAGAAAUGCACUGGACAGGAGAAGCUUGAAACCCUUCCUACAUCUGUGUUUGAAACAAGCAUGAGUGGCCAGAGUUAUAAUAUUUACAAUGCGGGGAUGGAAAGCCCACCAGCCCUGUCUUCUCUGUCCCAAAGCUUGCUGGCCCUGCUGCUACAAGGACACUUCUCAACCGCUGGCCUCCAAACAGUGGCCUGUGCUGCUGCUGACCUCAUGGGGGUUCUUUGCCCCCCUGGUAGUGCUGCUCUUGGCUACCCGAGUUGUCCCAGAUCUAUGACCUCCAGACCACCCCGCUGCUGCCAGUUGAGCCAUGCUGACUGCACCGUCUCUCAUAGCCAGCAAAUGGUUCAUUCUUUUCUGAGAAGUGUCAGAUUCAACAACAGUGUUUGUGAAAAGAUCUCCUUUGAUACAAAUGGAGAAUUCAUUGGUGGAUUUGAUAUUAUCAACUGGAUCACAUUCCCAAACCAAUCAUUUCUUAGGGUCAAAGUUGGAGUGAUAGAUCCCACAGUUCCAGCAGAGAAGUUCUUCAAUAUUUCUGUAGAUUCCAUCACCUGGCCAGUAGGCUUUAACCAGGCAUUACCUUUAUCUUUAUGUAAUGAUCCUUGCGAGACAGGACACAGCAAGGCCAAGAAAGAAGGAAAGUUGUUUUGUUGCUAUGAUUGCCAUCUAUGUCCAGAGGGGAAAAUAUCAAACGAGAAGGACAUAGAUGACUGCUCUCCAUGUCCAGAAGAUCAAUACCCAAAUCCUGGGAAAAAUAUGUGCAUUCCAAAGCGGAUCACCUUUUUGUCCUAUGAAGAACCCUUGGGGAUCAGUCUGACUCUUCUUUCUCUUUGCUUUUCUUUAAUGACAACUUUGGUAAUAACAAUCUUCAUUAAACACAACGAUACCCCCAUCGUCAAAGCCAACAACCGGAAUCUCACUUAUACACUCCUAGUUUCUCUUCUCCUCUCUUUCCUUUGUAUCUUUCUAUUUGUUGGGAAGCCCAAUAUGAUUGUGUGUCUCUUUCGACAACCAGCUUUUGGCCUCAUCUUUUCUGUGGCAGUUUCUUGUGUCUUAGCCAAAACCUUUGUUGUGGUUCUAGCAUUCAUGGCCACCAAACCCGGUUCCAGAUUGAGGAAAUGGGUUGGGGGAAGGAUGGUCAGUUUCAUUCUUCUAUCCUGCUCCCUUGUUCAAAUAUGUGUUUGUGCUGUGUGGCUGAUAACAUCCCCACCAUAUCCAGAUUUUGAUGCACAUUCAAUACCCGAAGAACUUAUCCUGGAGUGCAAUGAAGACUGGGUCAUGUUCUACUGUGUUUUGGGCUUUAUGGGUUUUCUUGCUCUGCUUAGCUUCUCUGCUGCUUUUCUAGCUAGGAGUUUACCUGACAGCUUCAAUGAAGCCAAAUUCAUCACCUUCAGCAUGUUGGUCUUCUGCAGUGUUUGGUUGUGUUUUAUUCCAACCUAUCUAAGCACAAGGGGAAAAUAUACAUUGGCUGUGGAGAUCUUCUCCAUGAUCUCCUCCAGUGCUGGAUUAUUGGUGUGCAUCUUUUUCCCCAAAUGUUUUAUCAUUGUGAUGAGACCUGAGCUUAAUGAUAAGCACCAGCUCAUGAAGAGAAAGUUUUAAUAAAUCUUUAUGUUUGCCUGAUAUU